AUGCCUCGUCGGUUCAGCAACACUUCCUCCGUCGACACCCCUUCCAAUUCUCCCUCCUUUUCGCCUUCCACGGGAAAGGGCAUCGCCACCAAGGCGCCAUUAGUCAAAUCUCAUCGCCUAUCCCAAUUCUUUUCGGUCACGCCCAAGUCAAAGGCCGAUCCUCAAUCUCAGUCGACCCCUCAGUCGACCGCUGGGAAUCCUAAUACCUCUACGCCGAUCAAUUCGGCAUCACUGUCCUUACCGACAAUUUCUUUGUCUACCGCUACCGCCGAUAACCCGAACAUGGAAGAAUCGCCGACCACACUCUUCCAGCCGCCAACUCCGGAGGAGGCCCGCCGGCUGGCUAAGCAACAUGCCCAGUUUGGUCCCAUCGGCCAUCCGAGUCACCGCUACUCCAGUCGACACCCUGGUGGUGUUUUUCCGGAGCCGGUCAUGGACGAGCCGCCGUAUUAUUACCUGCUUACGACGUACAUCAGCUACUUAAUCCUAAUUGCUUUCGGUCACGUUCGUGAUUUCUUUGGAAAGCGCUUCCGCGAGGAGAAUUACCGCCACCUCAAGGCCCGCAACGGCUAUGGUGCACUGAACAGCGAUUUUGACAACUUCUACGUGCGCCGCCUCAAACUGCGUAUCAACGACUGCUUCGAGCGUCCCGUCACCGGUGUUCCCGGCCGGACCAUCACCCUGAUCGACCGGGCCACAGACGACUACAACCACCACUUCUAUCUCACUGGCACCACCACGGACACAUUGAACCUGAGCUCUUACAACUAUCUGGGAUUCGCCCAGUCGGAAGGUCCUUGUGCCGACAUUUCGGAAGAAUGCGUCCGCAAAUACGGCAUCACCACGCCUAGUACUCGCGCGGAGGCCGGUACCCAGGAUCUGCACGUCGAAGUGGAAGAACUAAUUGCAAAUUUCGUGGGCAAGGAGGCGUCUAUGGUCUACUCCAUGGGAUUCGGUACCAAUGCUAGCAUUUUCCCCGCUCUUGUGUCCAAGGGCUGUCUUCUCAUCUCUGACGAAUUAAACCACGCUUCUAUCCGAUUUGGUGCUCGUCUUUCUGGCGCUUCAAUUGCCAUGUUCAAGCACAAUGACAUGCGGGAUCUUGAAGUCAAACUCCGCGAAGCUAUCUCUCAAGGUCAACCCCGUACUCACCGUCCCUGGAAGAAGAUCUUGGUUGUUGUCGAGGGUCUCUACUCCAUGGAGGGAUCUAUGUGCAACCUGCCUGGUCUGGUUGAGUUGAAGCACCGAUACAAGUUCCACCUCUUUGUUGACGAGGCUCACUCUAUCGGAGCUAUCGGUCCUCUGGGCAAGGGUGUGUGUGACUUUUUCAGCAUUCCCACUUCAGAGGUGGACAUCUUGAUGGGAACGCUCACCAAAUCAUUCGGUGCUAACGGUGGAUACAUCGCGGCUGACAAGGCGAUGAUUGACAAGCUCCGGGCCACCAGCUCUGGUAUUUUCUACGGAGAGGCUCCUGCACCGGCAGUGCUCACUCAGAUUUCUUCUGCGCUUCGCAUCAUCAAGGGCGAUCUUGUUCCCGGACAGGGCGAGGAGCGAUUACAGCGAUUGGCUUUUAAUUCACGAUACCUCCGCCUGGGCCUUAAGCGUCUUGGCUUUAUAGUAUACGGCCACGAUGAUUCGCCAAUCAUCCCUCUUCUGCUCUUCAACCCCGCCAAGAUGCCCGCAUUUUCCCAUGAGAUGCUCAAACGCAAGAUCUCUGUUGUAGUUGUCGGAUACCCCGCUACCCCUCUGGUUUCAUCACGUGCUCGUUUCUGUGUGUCGGCUGCUCACACCAAGGAUGAUCUGGACCGGGUUCUGACUGCCUGUGAUGAAAUCGGCAAUGUCCUGCAACUGAAGUUCUCUACCGGUAUCGCUGGUGGUGCCCUUCCCCCUCCCGAAGAUAUGACUCCCCCGCCCGAGAUGGAGAAGGAGUGGAAGCGCAAGCGCACUGCUAACAUUUCCCCUCCCCGAUGGCGGGUUGAGGAUGUUGUCCGACGUGGAGUUCAGGAUGUCAAGUCACCCUUGUAUUAG